GCCUGAAAACAUUAGUGUAAAUUAUAGCAAGCUCUUGAUUGAGAGAUCCUGAUUCGAAAUUUCUCGAUCUUCCUACAGGAGAAGAACGCAGUUCAUCGAUUCGAUUGUAAAUUGUUGAAUUACAUCAACACUCAUCCAUGGAUUUAGCGGAGCUGUGGGCUAUCUUCGGACCAGGCGUUGCCGGCGCAGUCUUUGGUGCCGGAUGGUGGUUUUGGGUCGAUGCUGUCGUCUGCAGUUCCGUUAAGGUCUCUUUCCUCCACUACCUUCCUGGUAUAUUUGCUUCCUUGGCUGCUUUGAUGUUUAAUUGUGUUAGACGAGAAGAUAUUGAUUACUCUCCCUAUGAAGAAAGCGAAUGGAGGUUGAAACUUUGGCUUUUCAUUGCUUAUGUUGUAUCAUUCGUCUCCUUAGCGGCAUCUGUGGGGCUAUUAAUACAAGACGCACUGGUGAAAACAGGCCCCUCUGCAUGGACAGGAACAGCUGGCGUCUUGCAGUGUGUGCUUGUUUUGAUAAGUGGGUUAAUGUACUGGACUUCUCAUUCCGAGUGAUCUGCUAUUAAGGAUAUCACUCUAUUAAGGAUUGGUUAGUUUCUGAUGAUGUAUAUGUUUUCUUUGCCUUUCUGUGUGGACAGUUGGUUCAAAGUAUAAAAAAAUCAAACUUAUUUACCAACACUUUUUUUUCUCCAACAUUGAUAUUGUACUAUUUGCGAUAACUUUCU